AUGUCAUCAUUCAAAGGCAAGGUGAUAGUGAUUAGCGGAGCAGCAUCGGGCAUUGGAAGAUCCAUUGCGAAGUUGCUAGCCCGCCAAGGUGCUCUCUUGUCCCUCUCUGACAUCAACAGUGACGGGCUCCACUCCGUUAAAGAAGAAAUUCAGAACGCAAAACACGUAUAUGAAAAUGAUAUAAAAGACAGUAAUGGAAUUGUAUCGGGCCAAACAGAAGGCGCGUUUGACCCGAUCUAUACAAGUGUUGUAGACGUCCGAUCGCAGGAAGCUUGCCACGCUUGGCUACGAAAUACAUCUUCUCAUUUUGGUGGGCGGCCUAUCGCCGGCGCAGCAAAUAUGGCCGGCGUCACAAAUAUUCCAGGUGGCAAGGGACCCGGUGCUGGUCGCGAUUCGACAGACGAUGAAUGGGAUUUUGUGCUUGACGUCAACCUGAAGGGAACUGUGAACAGUCUGCGAGCAGAGCUUCCCUAUUUGCAACAAGGCGUUAACGGUCGUGGUGGUGGUGCCGUUGUCAACGCAGCAAGUAUUUCUGGUUUGAUGGGGUUGCCUGGUUAUCUCCCUUAUUCGUCCAGUAAGCAUGCUGUUAUUGGAGUUACGAGGACUGUAGCAAAGGAAGAGGGAUCCAAAGGAAUACGUGUUAAUGCGAUUGCACCGGCGUUUAUCGAUACACCUAUGCUCGAUCAAGUGGCAGAAGCUCGAGGCACAUCGUCCUCUAUGGAUAUGUUUGGAGGAGGCCCUUCGCCGGCUUUAGGCCGCUUGGGUGAUGCCGAAGAAGUAGCAGAACUCGUUGUAUUCCUUCUCAGCCCGCGAAGUGGCUUCAUUACUGGAGCAGUCAUAAAUAUUGACGGAGGAUUAUUGUGCUAG